UUGGGUUUCCUGUGUUGCUUGUUGAGCCCCAAACGCCUUAUGGGUAAAGAACGCCAUAUGCUCGACCCCGCUCAAGUUGAUUUCUUGCUUGCAUUUUAUUUCCCUUCUGCUUUUACGACGUUCCACUCUUUAAGAAAUGACAACUAAACUGUAUGUUGGAAAUCUUGGUCGAAAUGCCGACUCAUCUGAACUAGAGAGAGCUUUUGAGAAGUUUGGCCGCCUGAGUAAGGUUUGGGUUGCCCGCAACCCCCCUGGUUUUGCUUUUGUUGAGUAUGAGGACUAUCGGGAUGCCGAGGAGGCUGUCCGAGAGCUUGAUGGGGCUAAUGUCUGUGAUAGAACAAUAAGAGUUGAAUUCUCUAACAACCGUGGUGGUCGUGACCGUGGGGGUGGACGCCCUCGUGGCAGAAGCCCACCAAGAAGAAGAUCCAGGACACCACCACGUCGCAGAAGCCGAUCCUUCUCAGGGGAUCGAUACAAGAGAAGCCGUUCUCGCAGUCCUAUUCGUAGAAGCCCAAGUCCCCACUGACAGUAAAGACAUCAUGCUACCAGCAUAUAAUGGAGGGCCUGCAGAAGAUUAGCGUUGACCUUUUUUUAGCCUUUUAGAUAUUAUUUCUGACUUGCUGAACUCAUGGGCAAUACUAAUGACACUUCAAUGCCACAUUUUUAAUUUUUCUUACUCAAACAUUGUUCAGUUCACUUUUUUUUGUUUAGAGGUGUCUACAUUGUCAAAAUUCAUAAAACUAAGAUAGUAUGUACCCCACUUUUGACCUAUAAAAGUUUAGUAGCUCAAGAGACAGCAAAGAAAUGUGAUAUGGAACCUGAAAGUAGCCCUGCAUAACAUUUACCAUUAUUUGCACAGUAUCACUCUAGCAUCUUCAUUUUAUAUUUUUUAGCAUUACACUUUGUGUUGUUAUACCUUUGCUAAUUGUAAUUGUGGAAGUGUUGUCAACAUUAAAAUAUAAAAUAUA